CGGCGAAGACGUUCGACGGCGAGACGCUGCUGCUGUCGAGCAUUCAGCGCGCGGACAUGGGCGCGUACCUGUGCAUCGCCUCCAACGGCGUGCCGCCCUCGGUCUCCAAGCGCUUCAUCGUGCAGGUGCACUUUCACCCUCUUAUCAAAGUUUCCAAUCAACUCGUUGCUGCCCCUGUGACCAGUGAUGUUCUUCUGGAAUGUUACGUGGAGGCUUCACCCAAAGCAAUGAACAGUUGGUACAGAGAUACAGAUUCGCUGUUGACCGCGGGCGCGGCGCUUGUGGCAGGCGAGAAGCUCAUGGAGGGCAGCAAGUACGAGAUGGAGGAGACGCCGCUGUCGGACUACGCCUUGCUCAUGAAGCUCACCAUCCGCAGCCUGGAGAAGCGCGACUUCGGCCGCUACAUGUGCGCCUCCGUCAACGCCCUGGGCAAGGUGGAGGGCGACGUGCGGCUGCAAGAGCUGCACCUGGCGCCGAAGACGACGGCGCCGGCGCCCGCGCGCCACGACAAGGCCCGCAAGAAGCCCUCGGCGCACGACAAGCCGCGCAAGAAGAAGAAGAAGAAGGGCGAGCGCGGCCGCGAGGAGGAGGGCGACGGCUCCAGCGCCGAGGAGGACGGCGACGAGGGCGACUCGUCGGCGGCGGCGGGCGCGGCGGCGGCGGGGCCAACGCACGGCGGCGCGGGCGGCGCGCGCGGGGCCGCGUUGUCGCCCGCACAACGACAAUAAUGCCGCCUCGCGCAGCGCGCGCCCCGCCCUGGGCGUCACCAUGCUGACGUGCGCGGCCAGCCAGACGGGCGCGCGGCGCGGGGCGCGGCAGCGGCGGCGGCGGCGGGGCGGGCGGCUGUUGCUCGCCGGCAAGCAGUCUCCAUGCGGGUGGCCGCCGCCGCCCUAGGCGCGUGGGCGCUGGCGCGGCAACGCCGCCGGCUCUAAGCCACUCGCGCGGACGC